UCUUACAUCUCUAGUUGACAGGGAAAACGAGGGAGUUUUUUUUUUUUUUUUUUUUAAGUCUCUGUUCCUGAUUAUUCAGUAUAGUUCUGUAUAAUUCUGUCCAAUUGACUCUGACAUGUAUGGUUAGAAACUUUAAAUAAAAGUCUAGUUUCGUAAAGGAGCAGUGUGCUGUCGAUGGCGAGGCAGCCCGGUCCUGUGUAGUUAGCUAGCUCCGUCUCCGACCGCCGUGGUGAGGUAGCCAGGCACUGAUUGGAAAGUUUGAGAACCCGGGAUCAUGGGAAGCUCGGUGCUGUAGGGCGUGCGUUUCAUCGUCCGGAAAACGAAGGUGCUCGGAAUCGGAUCCGCGGAGGACGGUCGCUGCAUGUCGCCGGACUCUGUCCUGGAUCUGGUAGGACCAGCGCGGGAGAGUCGCCUGCCGGGCUGCAGCCGAAAACAUGACGCCAUCGGUCAGCGGUUGUUGUGUGUCGGUCGGAAGCCCUGCGUUUACGUUUAGCUGAGCCUCUCCGCAAGCUCCGUCCGUCUGCGUGCCUGGGAGCCUGUGCUGUACGGGCCGGCGAAGGAGAGAAAGAUCUGAGUAAAAGUGUAAAAUUCGUGUCCAAGAAGCAGAAUACUAGUGUGAAACGAGAGCUGAACGUAAAGCGAGAGAGAGACAGCUAAUAAAAUCCACACGUCUAGAAGCCUAGCGGAGUGGGAAGGGCGGCCGAAUGUGAGCCUCGCCGAGUGGACAAUUCAGUUCUGCACGAGCCGGUGACGUGCUGACCUUGACGCAUCUCCUCCCCCAGCGCACAUGGGUUCGCUCUGAGGGACUCUGCCUUUGGGAAUGCACCUCUUCAUGGACCUCCCACAGGUGUUGCUACUCAGGGCCCUGCUGCUACUCCUGACUUCUUACCCUGGCCCCUCCGCAGCAGUAAAGGUCUAUACAAACACCUGGGCCGUCCACAUUGUAGGAGGAGCUCAGGAGGCAGACCAGGUGGCCCAGAAACAUGGCUUCAUUAACCAUGGCAACGUAUUUGCGGACUAUUACCACUUCCGGCAUCGCACAGUGGUGAAGCGUUCUCUGUCAAGUCAUCGGGAGACACAUGUCCGGUUGCAUAAGGAACCUCAGGUGUUGUGGGCUGAGCAACAGGUGCUGAAACGGAGGGUGAAGAGGGACAUUUACACCACUGAGCCUUCAGACCCCAAGUUCAACCAGCAAUGGUACCUGUUCAACCCGAACCACCAGGACCUAAAUGCAAGAGGCGCCUGGGAGCAGGGCUACACAGGAAGGGGUGUGGUGGUCUCCAUCCUGGAUGAUGGAAUUGAGAAGAACCACCCCGAUCUGGUGCAGAAUUACGACCCAGAGGCCAGUUACGAUGUUAAUGAUGGUGACCCUGACCCACAGCCACGGUACACACAGCUCAACGACAACAGGCACGGGACUCGCUGCGCUGGGGAGGUGGCUGCAGUUGCCAACAAUGGAAUCUGUGGAGUUGGCGUGGCCUACAAUGCCAGGAUUGGAGGUGUGCGCAUGCUGGACGGGGAGGUGACUGAUGUAGUGGAGGCCCAAUCACUCAGCCUGAACCCACAGCACAUCGACAUCUACAGUGCCAGCUGGGGCCCAGAGGAUGAUGGGAAGACUGUGGAUGGACCUGCCAAGUUGGCUAAGGAUGCCUUUCUGCGUGGGGUCACAGAGGGUCGUGGAGGGAAGGGCUCCAUCUUUGUGUGGGCAUCGGGCAACGGUGGCCGGGAGAAGGACAGCUGCAAUUGUGAUGGCUACACCAAUAGCAUCUACACUCUGUCCAUCAGCAGCAGCACGCAGAGUGGCAAUGUGCCUUGGUAUAGUGAGGCCUGCUCCUCCACCCUUGCCACUACCUACAGCAGCGGGAACCUCAACGAGAAGCAGAUUGUCACUACAGACCUCAGGCAGAAGUGCACCGACUCCCACACAGGGACCUCAGCUUCUGCACCCCUGGCAGCAGGGAUCAUUGCUCUUGCCUUGGAGGCCAAUAACAACUUGACCUGGAGGGAUAUGCAGCAUCUCGUCAUUAGGAGUGCACGCCCUGCCCACCUCACCACUAGCGACUGGAGGACCAAUGGUGUUGGGCGCAGAGUAAGCCACUCAUAUGGAUAUGGCCUUCUGGAUGCUGGGGCCAUGGUGGUGCUAGCCCGCAACUGGACUAAUGUGGGGCCCCAGGUGACAUGUGUGCAGUCCCUGUUGUUGGAGCCCAGAAACAUUGGGAACCAUCUGCUGGUCACCAAGAGUGUGGAUGCUUGUGCAGGGAGGUCCAACUACGUGAGCUCGCUGGAGCAUGUCCAAGCUCGCCUCACCUUGUCCUACAACCGCAGGGGAAACUUAGCCAUCCACUUGAUUAGCCCAAUGGGCACCCGCUCCACAUUGUUGGCCCCCAGGCCUCAUGACUAUUCCUCAGAGGGCUUCAAUGACUGGGCUUUCAUGACCACGCACUCAUGGGAUGAGGACCCCCGUGGAGACUGGAUCCUGGAGAUUGAGAAUGUUGCCGGGACCAGUGACUAUGGGACCUUGACCCAAUUCACUCUUGUGCUAUAUGGAACCAAUUCAUAUGGAAUCAACCCAGAUGGCUAUGACUUUGGCCAGGCUUCAAAUGGCAGCUGCAAGACAUUUGAUAUCCAGCAGAUUUGUAUUGAGUGCAGUGCUGGCUUCUUCCUCUUCCAGCAGGGUUGUGUGAGGACCUGCCCCCCUGGCUUCACCCCAGCCUCCCAGCCAGUGAACUCCUCCCUCCACAACUGGGUGGAGCUCUGGUCCGUCCAGGCCUGCCUCCCAUGUCACACCGCCUGCCUGACAUGUGCGGGGCUCAGCUCUUCCGAUUGCUUGUCCUGUCCUCCUCACAGCCACCUGGACCCCAGGUCAAGUACUUGCCUACACCAGAAUCAAAUCGAGCGCGAGUCCCCAGACAGCACCUUCAGCAGGACCGGAGCUGAGGACCCAAGUCCGCAGCUGUCCUCUGGCCUCCCGGUCACUAUGGCGGUGCUCAGCUGUGCCUUCAUUGUUGCUACCUUUGUAGCAGUCUUUGUGUUGCUGCAGCUGAACUCUGGCAGCGCCCCCUGUGGUGGGCAGAACAAACUGCACAGGCUGGAGUGUGGCAUCGGUACAGCCGGACGAUUGGGUGUUGGCCGAGGAAGGGUGGUGUCCUACAGGGGCGUCCCCACGGUGUGGGGGGAGGAUGGAGCAAACUCUGAGUCAGAGAAUGAGGAGUUUGACAUUCACAAUGAAAGGACUGCCUUCAUCAAAACACAGAGCACUCUUUAACCUUCCUUUUAGUUCUGUGUACUCUGGCUCUGCCUUUUUUGAGUCCCUCUUUGAGCUCCUCUCCUGGUGUCUGUCUUCCUACUCGUUACCUGAUGCUGGAUUAGGAGGAACAGGCACGCACAGUCAGAUACAAUGACUGUGAACAAGUCCCAUUUAGAUUGGGUUUUAUUUGCUGUUCUCACAUUAAUAACAUAAUACAUACUACGCAGUUGGGUAGCUUGUAAGGCUGUUUGCAUAUCUUCAGACUGGAAGGUUUGUGAAAUUCUUGGCAGUGUGUGAAAUAAUGGGUGAAGAAAUAAACUUUUCAAGAGGUGAAAUGGUUCUGUUCAGUUAUGUUUUUUCACCAUUUGUUUUUCUGUGAAUGUUAUUCAGCAACUUAAGUUUUGUGACACUAACAUUUUUAAUGAUGGUGGCUGUCUUGGUGCAUGUUCUCAGUUGAAAGAGUAGUGUUUUGACAUCUGUCAUGCUCUGCUCUGCCCUCUGGUGGCACAAUUAUGAAGUUCUGUUGCAAGAAUUUCAGUGUCUGCCAAGUUACAUCUUUGCAAAGUAGACCUCUGUGUUAUCCACAUUCCCUGGUACAGGUUUAGUAGACGGUGUACAGUUAUAAUGUGAGUAUCAGUGCUUCUUUUCUAAAUGCUUUGAAUUCAUGCUGGAUUCUCAAAGCUGCUGAUGGAAGGGGGGAUAGGACACCUCAGUCAAAAAUGAUUUGGUAUAUCUACUAGACCUGUUUUUGUCGCAACACAGUAACUCCACUUUCCAUUCAGUGAUUCCCCCCUGCUCCUCUUUCCUUCCUUCCCCCAUUUGGAUGGGGAUAAUUCUCUAGUAGAAGCUGUUCUUUUAGGUGUCUCCCCAUGUGAUGAUAUUGGGACGGGGGCUCAUUAUUCAGGCAUGAGGCCUAUUUUCCUUGUUGUUUAAUUUGGAGAUGAAUGUAUAUUCUGUGGCUAUGCUUUGGCUUUCAGCAGUCAUGCUUGGCAUCCAUAAGAAGACAUGAAAAUGAUCACAAAGCCAAUGUGUUUAUUCACCCUGUCCUUGCUAAUGUCUUUGGCAAGACUGUAACACACAUUUCAUAUAUUUGCCAGUGACUGAUUAUAUUCUUGACACUACACUUAAGUUUUUGUAUAUGAAACUGUUCAGGAGACUUUCUAUUCAUAUCUAUUGUAAACUUUUUAAAUGUUAAUAUGUAUUAUUUUGCUAUUUACGUUAUUUUUUUAUUGAGAAGAGACUUUCAUUCUCCCUGUAUUUAAAGCAGACUCUAUUGCAGGCAGCUCUAUUCAGAGAGCUGGUGCCCCAACAAGAGUUCACCUCAGUGCCCUGGUUGUGAAGAGCAAUUCAGGGGUGGUAUAAGUGUUGAGAACCCCUGAGGUUUGUGGUGUCAGAAACAACAAGCUGCCCUCUCUGGUUUCAUUUUGUCCCAUUAGACAGUGUUGAAUAAAACCAAAGGGCUGAAUCUGAGUGCGUGUACGUGUGUUUGUAUUUAAAUCCCCGUGGAGCUCUCGCCAACCCAUGCUUAAGUCGUGAGGAGCAUUCAUGCAGACCCUGACCAAGGGCAGCCAGUGAGGUUGUGCAGAUGUUAAUGACUGCUUGGAAUGGAAAUCAGGCCAGUUUUUGUACAACACAAAUUGUGCAGUCAUUUUUUAAAUUGAUUUUUAUUUUGCUUGUUUUCGCUAUUUAAUGGAUGGCAACAUAUUGAUUUAAUAGAUUCUUCAUAAAAUAAAAAUCUAU